AUGUUCUUAUUUAAGGGUAAUAUUUUCUCAACAUUUAAGAACUUUAGAACCAUGUCUACAGAAUCAUCAAAAGGUAUGAAAAGAGCAGCAUCUCCACAACAAGAAAACCACCGUUCCAAAUUGGUCGAUUCCCAAGGUUUUAGAUUACGUCAACAAGAUAUUGAUAAACAUAAGAUAACUUCAGAUGGCGAUGGGAAAAAUUCUAAAACUAUUCAUGAAGAAGAAGCAGAAGGUGCAAAUUAUGUAAUUGAAGGAAGAUUACGUCGUGUUACUCCAUAUUAUUAUACUUAUUUAACAUAUUGUAAAUUACGUUGGAUUGAUAGAAAAUUAGUUGAUGUUUUCAUUGAUGAAUUUAGAGAUCGUUCUGCUGAAGCAUAUAGAGAAGCAGUUGAUACUGGAUUAGUUAAAGUCAAUUCAAAAGUUGCAAAUUUGGAAACUGUUUUGAAAAAUGGUGACUUGAUUUCCCAUAGAAGCUACAGACGUGAACCUCCGGUAACAUCUAGAGAUAUAAAGAUUGUUUAUGAAAAUGAUGACAUUUUGGUAAUUGAUAAACCAAGUGGAAUACCUGUUCAUCCAACAGGCAGAUACAGAUACAAUACUGUAACCAAGAUUAUUGAACAAGAAUUUGGAAAAACUGUUCAUCCUUGUAACAGAUUAGAUAGAUUAACUUCAGGGUUGAUGUUUUUGGGCAAACUGUCAAAGGGUGCAAAUGAAAUGAUGUCACAAAUUAGAGAUAGAAAUGUCAGUAAAGAAUAUAUAGCAAGAGUUAAAGGUGAAUUUCCAAUUGAAAGAAUUGUCAUUGAAAAACCAUUAUCUACUAUUGCUCCCAAAUUGACAUUAAAUGUGGUUGAUGAAGAAAAUGGCAAAGAAGCCAAAACAGAAUUCCAAAGAAUCUCCUAUGAUCCAAUCACGGAUACUUCUGUUGUCAAAUGCCAUCCAUUAACAGGUAGAACUCAUCAAAUUAGAGUACAUUUACAAUACAUUGGUCAUCCAAUUGCCAACGAUCCUAUGUAUUCAAGUCAAUUCAUCUGGGGUGAAAACUUAGGUAAAGAUGGUGAAGCAGAUCUUGAACAAGUUAAACAGAAAUUAGAUUUGAUUGGUAAAUCCAAACCAGCAACUUCAUGGUUUCAUCCUGAAGGUGAUGGUGAAGUUUUAUUAGAAGAAAUUUGCCCAAUAACUGGAUUACCAUUAUAUUCUGAUCCUGGAUCUAAUGAUUUGGAUUUAUGGUUACAUGCUUAUAAAUAUGAAGCUGAUAAUGGAUCAUGGAGCUAUAAAACACAAUAUCCUGAAUGGGCUCUUGAACCAAGUAGGAAAUUCAUGGAAAUGGCAAUUGAACAAGCAGAAAAAUGUGGUGAAACUCAAACUCAAUUUAAUGUGGGUUGUGUUUUGGUGAAUAAUGGGAAAGUUAUAUCUACCGGACAUUCCCGUGAAUUGCCUGGUAAUACACACGCUGAACAAUGUGCAUUAGAAAAAUAUUUUGCUGAACAUGAUGGUGUCAAAGAAGUUCCUGAAGGAACUGAGAUUUUUACAACUAUGGAACCAUGUUCUUUACGUUUGAGUGGGAAUUUACCUUGUGUAGAUAGAAUCCUUGAAACCAAGGGCAUCAAAACCUGUUUUGUCGGUGUUCUAGAGCCAGAUAUUUUCGUCAAGAACAAUUCAUCAUAUCAAAAAUUGCUAAAAAACGGAGUGCAAUAUAUUCAUAUCCCUGGGUAUGAAGAAAAAGCACUCGAAAUUGCUAAAAGAGGUCACGAGAAAAUUGGAACUACUGCCUAA